CUGGAAAACUGUAAAAUUAUUUACUCGAAGUUCUCGUUCAGCAGCAGUUGUCUAGUAGCUACAAGUUACUAAGUGAACUUGGACGAGAUAUCCACAAGUGUUUGAGAUAAAAGAGAGAAAGUUUGAAUCUCCAGUUAAACAUUUUGAAACUUUUUAAAAGAAGCGUGUUCCAGACCCAGACAGACCACAAUUACGAGCAAGAAAUGUUAACGAACGCUGGAAGAUUCAUUGACAGAAAUCCUGGAAUUCUUCCAGUAAGUCUACCUUCUUUUAGGCCUUCUAUCACUAUUUUUUGUGUGUAACGUUUUUCUGAAAAUAAGUUUAAGCAAUUUGCUGGAAGACACAACCUUAGUUUUAAUAAAAGUGGUGACUCCAUCAAACUUUGUUCGCAUGUUGAUUCCUACCGGAUUUUUAUGCUUAGAUAUAUAUAUCGAGCACUCUGUUCUUUUACAGGCAGGAAAGCUAUUUGAUGUUAGUGGACAAACGGCCGGAGAUUGCUUACAGAUAGCACAAAGGGUAAGAGACUUGAUUUGACUUGAGAUUUAUACUUGUAAAUCAAAUCUUUCUUUCAAAGACAUCAAGAUAGCUUCAGGAUGUUGACAAAAAGGAACCGGCAAACCUAAUCUAUCGAUCAAAGACAACCUUUUUGUUUGAGGUUGAUAAAGAAACACCUUUGCUCAUUUUUUAACUUCUUUUUAGCCCUUAAGACCAGAGGCAGUGAGAAAGUUUAGAGGGACAACUCAACCCGAAGCAGGAAAAGAAAGAGUGUUUUAUGGAAGAGCAAAUGACCCAAAUAUUGCUUCACAUAUCAACCAUGGAGUCAGCACAAGAACCUCGCUUGUGGUAUGUAAUAUAAUUUAUUUUAUUUAUGAUUUCGUGCGAUCGUAAACUUUCUUUUGAUUUCUUCAGACGCUAGUUUUUAUUGCAGCGAAAUUAUCACCGGAAAACUAACGGCCUAUUGCAUUGAUAUUGUAUGUAUAGCAUGUUUUGGUUACAGUUCAUAUUUAUGUGCAAAUUAACAUCUGUUCUGAUAUGAUGUAUUUAGAGAGAGAACGAUUCUAAGAGAACAAUCUUUCACAAUUAUCCCUUUAGUCUAAUAGUACAGAGUACACGGGGAAAGCGUAGAUUAAUUUAGGCUCUAAUUUCUGAUUUCGUUUAUAAUAGUAACUUGCAAUAUUUAUUUUUUCAACAAUAAAUCAAAUAGAGGAAUUCCCAAUUGAAAGUUAAUUUUUCUAACAAAAAAAAUUAAAGUUUUCUUUCAGAACCAAUCUAAAAAACUCCUUCAAAAAGCUGAAUUCACUGUCAUGUAAAUUUUUCAGUUUAAAGCUAAAAUAUGAAUCCUAUUAAUUUUUUUCCUCUACAGGCUGGGGAUCUUGUUAAUCCAACAAGGAAAAGCCUUUUUUCUCAAAGGAUGCUAGACAAAAAAGAAAGUCUUUAUGCCAGCAGGAAGAAUGCACCUCUAGGUAAUGCAAUUAAGUCCAUUUUGUCUAAGUUAUAAUAUUAAUUUUGCUAGCAUACUAGCAACCCCCCCAACUGUUAAAGGCCCUACCCUCCCCUUUUAAAAGGGGAAACAGAGCUACUAAGUCCCCCCCCCCUCCACAAUGGUUAAACCAUGCUGCAAAAUCACAAAACCCAUUAUUUUGAUAUUGUCUCGGGUAGAUUAGAUUGAAAGAUUGUAAAGUUAUGAUAAUUAAUUCUUGCCCAAUUUACCGUUACAUGUAGGUCGCUGUCAUGAUCAGAGUCCUGGAUUACCAAAGGGUGUUGGACCAACUGAUGUCAUGUAUGGAGUUAAAACAAUCAAAGGUAACAUAAGCUGUAUUUACAUCUGAAACAUUUAAGAGUGACAUUUGUUUUAAGUCAGUCCCUCUGGAAUCCACCAGCCGGUUAGCUCAGUUGGAUAGGCCCUGGUCUGCCGAGCAGGGGGCGGCUGGUUCAAACCCUGACCGGACCAACACUCAGGGUCUUAAAAUGAUGGAGCAGAAAGUGCUGCAUUUGUAAUGGCAUCUGUAAAUGAUUAGACUUUUUAGUCUUGUCAGAUAACGACGAUAAAUCGUAGACCUGGUCUCAAAAGCCCACAUAUACACAUGUAUAAAUUCUGUGGGAUGCUAAAGAACCCACACACUGUUCGUACAAAGUAGGGGCAUAGUCCCUGGUGGUAUGGUCUAUCUUUCAUGCAGGGAGGGACUAUUACGGGCCCACUGUAAUAAAGGCGUCAAAUGCUGUUGCAGUGACCAGUGCCUGCCAAAAUUGCUAAACCUAAGUAACUCCUUAAUUAUAAAACUAUCCAAAAAACCGUGCUAAGCUUAAUUCAAACCAAUAUUAUUUUGGAAAUAUUAUUUGCAGAUGGAAGUGCUGGUGAGAUGGUGAACCCUGCUAAGACCGCAGCUCAAGUAAAUGCAGAGUCCAUGGAAGGAAAAGAUCUUUACAAAUUCAGUCACAGUGAUUAUGAAGUUGGUAAGUCAAAAAUUAUAAUAUUAUUGUAUAAAAUUAUAAAAAUUAAAAUUAUAAUAUUAUUAUAUAAAAUUUUGUCAGACCAAAGUGAAUAAGUUGAUUAUUAACUAAUUCUCAGUUUCCAAAUCCUACAAUAAGAAUUUUGAAAUGAAGCCUUUUAAGCAGAGAUCAAGUUUAAGUAGAACCUUGGUUUGCAGACACCUCUAAAAUAUAGAGACCUGGCUGCCAUGAUGAUAUUUCUUAUAUAGACACGAGUGUUUUACUGGAAAAUAUACCACUUGUAAAAUUCAUAAAAAAUUAGUGGUUUAUUUUCCACAGGCUCACACCUGAGUUUAAGACAGGUAUUUCGAUAAUAUCCCCAAAAUUUGUAGGGUCCUUUGAAUUUUAAUUACACAUUUUUCAAAGGCCCCUUAUAUUUUGUCACUAGACCCUGUUUAAGACAGAAUUGUAAACAAUUUUUGAUACUGUACUGUAAAUUUGAGACAUUUAUCCUACUUUUUAAGAAUAAAAAAAUUAUUUAAAUCGUCUUUUUGUCUUCCCUGAAAAAAAGAACAAAAAUGAUAAAUUUGAUACCCUGUUUAAGACAAAACAAUAUUUUAAAAAAAAAUACCCUGGCUAGCCACUGUGUAAUAUCCUCUAUGUAUCCCCAUUAAGCCCUUGAUUUCCAAAACUAGCUGUAUAGGCUCUUAGCCAAUGAGAAGAUGGAUAGUGAGUACAAUGUAUAAUAAUAAGGAGUAUUGCUGCUCGUAAUUUUUUUUUUAACCCUACAGCUGUUUGUAGUUAUCUGGUUACCAAUAAAGCUAAACAAUAUCCUUGCAUUUCGUAGGUGAAAUGGUUGACAGAAAGUACGACUGGAGUAGAAUCCCGAAGGACAGCAAAUUUGGUGUAGAAACACCACACAACAAUGAUGGCAUUCACGUCAGAAAAACACUCAAGUGGCUGCAUGAAACACAACAGUAAGUUUGGAUAAUUGCAAUAAUUUAUGUUAAUUGACCACUAUUAUGCAGUUGCUGACUAAACUUGGAUUCAGGAUUGUUUAUUAACAUAUGAUGUUGUUUUGAGAGGAGAAGUGCGAUGUCAGUUUACCAUGGUGGCAAGAUUUCUGGAUCUAAACCAUCUUUCUUGACAGAGAUGACCAUUUGCUUUGUCGAAUGAUCGAUGAGCUACCAUUUUGCUCCUGAGUGCAAUCAUGCACAGGAAAGUCAUACAGUCUAACCUCUCCUUUAGCCUGAUUCUCAGACGUCCAAGGUCGUUCGCGGUCCCUUUCACUUCCCUCGAGGGAGGAAGCGAAAGGGACCGCGAACGACCUCGGACGUCUGAGAAUCAGGCUAACCUCUCCUUAUGCACACCUCCCUAUUACAGACACUUCAUUUGGUCCCAGAAAUGCCAAAAAUCAUACAUCCCCAGACACUUGGUUCUGCCCCUUUGGUGUCCAUAUUAAAGAGGUUUGACUGUACAUGUCAAUUUUUUUUUCAUUUUUUUCUGCCAUAUUAAUUUUGCAGGACCAUGGUUUUUUGAGAUCCAAAAAUUUUGCUACCAUGGCAACGUGACAUAGUGACUUCCCCUCUCCACUCUGUUCAACGAAAGACCUUAAUCUAGACUAAAACGAUUGCCAAGUUUAAAUGAGGGAAUAUAAAAUAUUAAAUUAUACCAUCUAUAAAUCUCUUGAAGCAUCUCACUUAUCAAACCUCUCGCUGAAUAAGUGGAUGUGAUUUAAUUACAACAGGGAAAAGGCAACAAAAAUUGUCUCCAAACGUGUUGACGACUUCCGUGAAAGAACCCAGCCUCAGCUCGGCAAAGUGCAUGACCCAAUCAAGGACACAUUGAGAGUUCCUCCUGAUUACACAUUUGGAGUUAUGGUUAAACCUGAUGAAUAUGGAGCUGGAGAUUUGAUCCACAUGAGGGUCCCAAGCAACUACUUGAGAGGACAGGACAGAGAAAGGGGUGUGCUAGCAGCAGUUCGACAACAUCUGAAGAAGGCAAACUACCACAACUUUCAUGACCUGAGGGCAGCAUUUGAAUAUUAUGACAAGGUACUAUAACACUUGGUGAAGGAAUGCUUACUGUUACUGUAAUACAGACAUCUAAGUGCAAUGUUACUGAGUUAAAAUCAUGAAAAAUGAUUUUAAAAUUUGUCAGUAAUAAAUCAAAUUAAACCUCGCCCUAUGACACAAAUUGGGUAUCCAUUAGCACAAGAAUAUUUUUUCAAAUAAUAUUUUAGGCUACAUUGAGUCUACUUGUAAGAGAGAAAGACAUCAUAAAUAUUAUUAUAUUAAAUAAUAAGUUUAAGCAGCUGAAAAUUGGUCACUGCAACUUAUGUAUUUUUCCCCUCAUAUAGGAUAAAUCUGGUAAAAUUUCACUUACUGAGUUGCGUGAAGUAUGCAUGCAGUUCAACCUUCCUGUAGAACCAGAGCUGUUGGAAUCUUUGUUCUCUUACUGUGAUGUUGACGGAGAUGGCCAAAUAAAUUAUGAAGAAUUUGCUAACUUCCUGAACUGGAAAGAUAAGAUGCCAUCAGGUGAAAUGCAAAGCACACUGAAGGAAGAAACAUCUGAAGAAGAAGUAAAGGUUAGAGUGACCAGGAUUUAGUUUCUCCUUACUUUAUCACUGGUUAAUUAAACAUUAAGAUUAUGAGAAUUAAGGAAUGAUCACAAGAGAUGAACUUAUAUAUAUAAUUACUUGAUUGUAUAUGUCAAACUCUCCGAAGGGCCAUGACAAAUUUAUGGAAACCAGUGUCAAGAAAAUGCUUUUUGAUUUGAGGAUGAAAUAAUGUUAUUAUUGUCAGUUAGAGUAAAUGGUAAAGAUUGCUAUAAUUUCAGUGAAGUGAACCAUGCAAGAUCUUAUUAGAGACGUUUAGAUUCAAGGACAAGGAGAACUAUGAGGAUGAUAUUUGACUUUAAUUUUUUGUGUGUGUUCUAAAAAAAUAGACACCCUGGAAAGCUUCAUUUUCCCUCUUUACACCAGAAAAGUUUUUUUUAAGGAGGUUAAGCGUACCCCAACUCCUGAUCCCCAAAUGACAAAACGUCUAACAUUUGAUAACUUGUUUCUGUCGCUAUGACAUUUUCACUAAAAUCCCAUGGUAGAAUGGUGAAGGCUAUCGCAUCUUCCCGCAAAAAUGACACUGGUUCGCACACACUACUAACACUGUAGUAAUUAAAAAAGUUUUGUCCUUGUAGCUGUCGUCUUAGAAUCUAAAGGUCUCUAAUAACUGUGGCAAUAUGAUCAUUCAGAUUCUCACAUCUGUUUCAACCUUCGCCGACAGGAAGAGGGACAAACGUCAGGUGAGAAAUCACCUGAAAGACUUCAAAAACAGAUUGACAAAGCUGUGGGUGGCUGGAAGACAUCAUCAUCUCAGUUUAAUGCCGUUGCAGGAAAAAUCAGAACAAGUGGUGAGUAACUGGAACACAAAGUCUACGCAAGGUAGCUCAGGGGAGGGUAUUGCAUUAGCCUGUGGCAUGCUCUCUGGGGUGCUCUGGCGGCAGAGCGGGAAAAGGAAGGAGAGCUUGCAACUAUAUCUCUGGAAUUUGAAUAUCUGCAUCGAAAAAGUCAUUGAAAAAUGCUGAUUGGUGGAGGUGACAUUAGUAAUGAUGUCAUUACCCUUGGUGUGUGUUUUUCAAUGUUUGUUUACACUCCCGCUCGUUUCUGCUUUGUGCUGAUUGGCGGAAAUUUGACAGCUUAGUUGACGAGGAGCCACAGGGGAAUGAGAGGUGGGAUUUAAAUUCUAGAGAAGUAGUUGCAAUAGCUCUCCUUGCUUUUCCUGCCCCGCCGCCAGAGUGCACUGGAGAGCUUACUCACAGGAUAGUCUUGCAUAAAAAGGCAUUUUGCAACACUGACAAUACUGUUUCACGAUAGGAUGGCGAGCCUAUGGAGUACCAACAAUACGAUCUGAUUUGCCCGCACCAAUAACAAGACGUGUGGCAGAUACAACCGUAAGUGAAGAUUAUGGAUAACAUAACACUUAAUUAAUGUUUCAAUUUCUUUUGUGGCACUAAAACUUGUAGACAAAAUAAAACACUUUUGCACAUAUGUAACCCCAACAAGCAUGUCUGUUUAAAUAAAUACUAAUAUUAGGUGAUUCACUCAUUUCCUUACAUUUAAUUUGUAUUAGGGCAAUGCAUCUUACUUUCACACUGCUAAUUUUUUUUAAUUACUGAUUUUUUUUUGCCACCAGCUGUCAAAUAUAACUACCAUCAUAGUAAAAUUAAGGAGGGUUUUCAACCUGAUUUAAGAAGUCUAUUUUUUUAUUCUGAGCAUGCGAUAGACACUUAACUAAACACCACCACAUCUACAUGUUUUCCCUAGUUUCAAAUUUGUAUUUCACAAUGCUUUUUUCUUUCAGAACUAUGGUGAUGAAUCAGAUGCUUAUGGCCUGAUCAACCCAUCAAUCUAUAGCAAUCUUGGAGUUUAUGAGAAAGAUUUCUUUCAACCCAGAGACCAAUAUGAGGUAAUUAAGGCAUCAUUUAAAUGAAUAAGCUGAACAAUGUUGUUUAUUACCAAGGGUGCAUUUGAUUGAUCAUAUUCCAGAAUAAGAAAUACACAAAAGUUUUAAAGCAAAUCUCUUUUUCUGUGAUUUUUGGACCACUUAAACACUAGAAACACCAGGUUUUUUAUUAUUAAUUCAAGCAGAUUUCCACAUAUAAUGAAGAUAUUAAAAGUAAAAAGGUAAAGGUGCACGAGCCAAAGGCCCAAAUGGUCUUAGCUUAUCCUGGUUUCCCUGGCAUGAAGCCCGGGGGGGUACUCCCAUACAUUACCUAUAUGGGUAUGUGCCGCCCAACGGGGUAGUGAUUUUGAAGCUCCUGGUUUAGAACAGGGUAUCCAUUUCAGAGGCGUUUUCUAGAACGGGGUAUAACAUUUCGAACGCACGAAAGCUCCAGUUUUGUAAGCAGCCAUUUGAAAUUAUUUAAGGACAGAUUGCUUUUAAAAAUACGGUUCAGUGCGUUAACAAGCAAACUGUUAUAUUCUUGUUGCACCCUAGAACGGAGUAUAAAAAUUUGGCCCAGUUCUAGAACAGGGUAUCAGUUUUAGGGCGAAUUCUAGAACGGGGUAUCAAUUUUAGGGGAAAUUUGUUUUAGAACGGGGCGCCAAUUUGGAGUCCCGGGCGGCACAUACCCACCCAAAAAAUACCCAAGUGCCCCCCACGGGGCACGAAGCAUCCCUAGGAGUAAUGCUAAAGGGUCCUGGACAGGAUGCUAGUCCAUCACAGGGUUACCCCCCAGGCAGUAUGUCCCCAGUACCCAUUUAUACCCCUAGAUGAAGAGAGACAAAGUGGAGUAAAGCUCCUUGUCUAAAGAAAUGUUCAACACGACAGGCAAGGCUUGAACCACAACCUCCAGAUCUGGAGUUUGAGGUGUAAACCGCUCUGCCAUAUACACCUCUACACAAUGCAAUUCAUAUAUUGCAAUGCACUAAAAGCCAAAAUAAACGAUUUGUAGUCAAGGUUUUAGUCCAUUUAUUCUUGUUUCGGAAUAUGGUCUAUCGAACACCCCCAAAUAGUUGGAUAGCAGAGUUUUAAGAGCUGGAAUUAAUUAUGAAAAUUGUUUGGCAGAUCCGAAGAAUCUUUGAUGGAAUUGGAGUUGAAAUGACCACUGAUGUAUUUGAAAAGAUUUGGGAGCAAGCAAGUUCAAGACACCCUGCUGGACUGGUAAAGACUAAACAAAUUUUUAUACCUGUAUGUUUCACUUGCAACAAAAACCUUUGGAAUUCAUAUCAUAACCUGUGAUCCUUGUCUGUCACUUUUUUAUAAGGUAUAUAAAAUACUGCUUGCCUUUGGCUCAAGACCAUAGAGCCUGAUAUAACCAUUAUUCCUUUUCUAUUUUUCUUCACAGGUUAGUGUAGAAUCUUUCAGAGGCAUAAUGGAUGAAGUCAAUGCCCAGAAAUUUGCUGAGAGCCAGCCAGUAUGAGAUGGAAAAUCUUUCUGUUUUGCAAAAGUCAAACAAGAUAUUCAUCACCUUUAACUAGACUUUAAUCCACUUGAUUUGCUUCGACUUACAAGGAAAAGUAACUUAUUUUUAUAGUUCGUUCCUAAACAGCUUUCUUGGGACUUUCCUAACUAGCUGAAUUAUUUGACACUGUUAAAUUUAAAAUUAAUGGUUUCAGAGAAAAUUAAAAGUAGAAAAAGUAACAUGACU